GAACGGGCGCCUGUAGCCAAUCACAUUCGUGGAUUUAGAAUCUUCGUCAGAACCCGUCGACCAAUCAUUUUGUUGGACCUGAGGCAGUGGGAAAUUUUGUAUUUUGAGCGUGCGCUGUAAAUUGGUGAGUUUUGGGUUCGAUAUCCACAAACAUGAUGGACGCCUUGUCAGUAGUCACGCAGCUGCGGGACUUGGCAUCGGAACCACAGAAUCGGGAGACGAUUGUACAAGACCAGGGCUGCCUUCCAGGACUAGUGCUUUUCCUAGACCACAAAGACUCUCAAGUGGUUUUUGCCACCCUGCAGACUCUGAGGUACCUGGCUGAAUUACCCCAAAACAUCAACACUAUGAAAAAUGAGCUUGGGAUGAUGGUGAGCCUGAAGACACUGAUGGACAGGACUAACAUGACUGAAAUUACAGACCUCGCAAAAGAGGUGCAUGACGUGUUGAGCGUUAGAACACAGAGACACGCUUUUCAGACUCCAAAUCAACAGCUGAAGAAAAACAAACCACAGUUCUUCAUCAACAGCACCAACAAGAAAGCAAAAUCUGUCACUCUUCAUAUACAAGGCUUGGAUGGGGCGGACCAAAGAGGUGUGUGUGAAGAGGCGCUUUUGAAGGUUAAGGGUGUCAUCAGCUUCACAUUCCAGAUGGCUGUAAAGAGAUGCACCGUCCGCAUUCGUGCCGAUUUGCCCACUGAGAGUCUGGCCACGGCCAUUGCUUCCACAAAGGUGCUUUCAGCUCAACAGGUGGUGAAAAAUGAAAGUGGAGAAGAGGUUCUUAUCCCACUCAGCACUUCUGGCGCAAAGGUAGAAGAGAAUCAUCACCUGCCAGAUUACUUACCAGAGGAGGAGAGUCCCGAGAAAGAGCUGGACCGUGCCAUCUCUCGUACUGGUGCUAAACAGGACGCUGGUGGAAGCUGGCUGAACACAGCAGCUAGCUUCCUCACUAAAACCUUUUACUGGUAAUGCCUACAUAAAACAUACUUCCUGUUUGGACCUUAACUGUUUUAAGAGCCACUUGAUCCGAACUUAAAGCACAGUGGAAAGAGAAACUGGAAAAUGUGCUUUUACAAGCCACUAAAAGCAUCAUUCAGUUUUAAUGAACAUGCAUGUUACAUAAAACAUGCUUCGAUGUGGUGCAUGAAAUGCCAGCUGUACAACAACUUUGUGUUGAAAGCUGUUCAUUGUUGUAGAAUUUU